UACAUCUCUUAUCGGAGAAUCGGGUGCCUUGGGUUGGCGAUCUCACUACUUCCGCUUGAUUCAGAAUUUACUCCACGCCGGGGGCUUUUCGAGAUCGCAUGCAUUUAGCAGUAUCGACGCUGCAGGGGCUUCACCUGGCCGUUCUAAGCUCAAUGGUCACAACCACCUCGUCGAAUCCGGCCCCUAUGGGAGACGAUGAGUUCGGCAAGCCGGGGCAGCAGAUGUGGGGGUCUCUUCAUGCGAAUAUCAGGAUGAACAUGUGUUCCUUACGUGGGCAAGUCGAUGUCUACAUUGCAGAUCAUGGCCGAUUACAAAGUGAUAAGUGGGGAGCUAUCUCGUGGCUGCAUGCUGAAUCUGCGACCAUGCACUCACAUAGUCGAGUAGGUGCCUGGAGAUUGUAAAUCGGUCCUUGAUGGGAAAUAUGCCCCUCAUGGGUUGGACAUAUUUCGAUCAAGAAG